UGACAUACUAAGUUUUAAAUAUAUCAAAUUAGUGCAUAGCUAUUUACUAUGAAUCUACGUUUCCAAUUCAGACAUUAACCACAUGAUAAAUUGAACAGGAACAUGUUUGUUCUUAAGUAUUAUUAACAUUUUAGUAUACUUGCCUUGUUAUAAGGCUUAAGCUGCAAAUGUAGUUUGAUCUCCUUACCCUCUCCUUAUAUUUCUAAUGUGGAGGAUUUCACUUAGCCCAAGUCGAUGACUUCAACAACAAGUUUUCUCACUCAACUCUGUAAAAUUGUUCUUAUUUUUCUGAUUACCUGUUGUGAUCAAUGAUUAGAGAAGGCUGCCUUGUUCCUCUACAAUAUAUUCUGACCAGUGAGAUCUGCAAAGAAGUAUUGUGUGGUAGAAAAAAGUUCUAGUUAAAAAGGGGACGAGAAGCGUAACAAGAUAAUGCUAGUGGUGUACUGUGUAUAAUCUUGGCAAUCUUCUUAAAGUGCCACUAGAACCAUGGAUCUCAAUUAUCGGACUUUCGUUGUUCUAGUAUUUCAUUUAUUCGGGUCAAAUUUUUCAUAUUCCUUUGUCGCACUUUCUAAGUUGAUGCAGUUAUGUUCUCUGUGAUUUGGCAUUGAAUGAUUACGCCUUUAUUUUGCCGAAGGAGAGAAAUUCAUUUGUCGAUUCAAUAUUGGCAUAAGUUUAAAUCAGUAAAAGCAUGAAGAACGUAAGGGGCUUAAUUGGAUUAAUUUGAAAAUUAACGGAGUGACAUUGUAGCAAGUGAAAAUGCAAGGAAAAUCAUAGUUUAAGUAGAAGAUAAGUAACUAGAAGUGAUCAACUAUUAUUUAUCCACGAAGAUGUUUAUCCUCCAUCAGAUCAUGCGACGAAAAUUGUUAAUCAUCACAGUCCCUAAUAUUUGGUAUUACAUUACAUUCAUAAUUCAUUAUUCCUUCAACAGCAAGAGGCACAUGACAAAUGAAGGCAUGCUUUGUUCACAAGUUUUUGUUGUUUGUUUCCCCGUGGGACGAGUAUCUGCAGGCUGCAGCUGACUUAUAUAUCAUCUAGUAAUACAAAAAUCACAAUAUCAGUUUUCAUGCAGGGGCUGAUGGAGCACCCCAAGGAAAUAGCAGACUACUUCAACCAUAGAAGUGUUUCUGUAAUAUUUCUUUUGCGGAGAAACUUGUUACGCAGAUUGGUAUCAACGCUGGCCAAUUCCUACGAUCGUUAUGCCAAGUUAUUGAAUGGGACUCAUAAGUCUCACGUUCAUUCCACAGAAGAGGCUGAUACUCUAUUACAGUACAAGCCUGCCAUAAAUUCUACAUCAUUGCUGACCAACUUGAAAGAUAUGGAGACAAGAGUUGCAAAGGCGUUAGAAUACUUCAGCACUACUCGGCAUAUGAUCCUGUACUAUGAGGAUCUUAUACGAAAUCCUACUGAGCUAAAACGUGUGCUAGACUUUUUAGGAUUGCCGCAGAUGGAGUUAACGAGCCGGCAGGUUAAGAUCCAUAGAGGACCGUUAUCCGACCACAUUAAAAACUGGGAAGAUGUUAACAAGACGUUGCAAGGAACCGCAUAUGAGAGUUUUCUCCAAGCUGACUAUUAAUUCAUGUAACCUCUUCUAACUCUUUUGGAAAGGUGUAAAUAUCAAGGACACUGAUUUCGUCCCGCCAAAGAGUUCGGAAGUUUCGCCGUUGGUAAGAAUGCUGCCGCCAUGUUGUGUUGCUUCUUUCUUUGACUGCCUCUAUCAAUUAUCUGUUGAUGAGUUGCAUGUCUUUUGUUAUUCUCGUUUGUCUUUUGGAUUGGUUAUUUAUAUUUUGUUCAUUCUUGUAUGACCUUUGUAAAUGCCAAAAUAAUUUCUCAGUAAAUUUCGUUCAA